AUGGAAUCUGCUAACCUCUUCUUUCAGAAUCUUUCUGCACAUAAGGACUGGAUCUUGUUUCUCGUGUGCUUCAGCAUCAUCCUGUGCUUUGGAACCAUAACUUUCGUGAUCGUGCAUUGUACCAUCCAGGUGGCUCAAGCAGCCGUUGCUUACUACCUAUUCGAUAUCAUUUAUUACUGCAUCUACGAGGAGGAAAGCUCAAAGUUCUUCACCGAGCUCUUCACUCGUAUCCUUUCCGCACGCCUCGAGCUCAAGAGCUUCAUCCUUCUCCUUUGCAUACUUUUCGCCGUCCAUCAUUCCGUCAAGGAGAUUGCCUCUGUCCUCUGCGAGAGGUUUCUCGCACCAGACCUAAUUUCCAUUGUAGAUUCUCCCAAGCAUCUCAUGCAGAGCCCCCUGUUUUCCCAGCUCACCGACGAGAUGGCCCGCAUUCAUCCCAUUAAAUGGGCAAAGCCUAUCAAGUCUACUAAGUUUAACACCCCCAAAAAUUCCCAACCCAAAAGCACCAAGCCCAAGAAUCCCCAACCAGAGAAUGCCGAGCCCACGAACUCUCUCAAGCCCUCCGGUCAUACAUUUUUUGCAUCACAUGGUAACCGCUACAUGCGCCAUCCUUGGAGCGUAAUCGACUACCACAUCUAUCUCACACACAUCGAAAGCCGCCGCGACAAGAUCCGUCGAGAGCAAGAGUGCCACCUCAUAAAGAACACCGGCUUCACACAAGUCGCCAUACACGACAAGCCAGUCCUCGACAACGCCAUAUCCCAGACAAAUUCCACAGUAGUCUUCGUCAGCCUCCCUAUUCCCGACGCGCAGAACGAAUCCAGCACCGCCAGCUUGGUGCUCGGCUUCGAUCUGAAGUUACACCGCUUGCAGGCUUAUUUCUUCGAGCCCAAGUCCCCGAUCGAGAACUACGAGGACCUCUGGAAGGUCUGGUCCAAAGGGGAGGGCCAGCUCGUUAUUGAUAUUCCCGUCGAUCGUUUCCUAGCAGCCAUUCGCCAUACCAUGCAGCAUCAAGUUGAGAUCCUGGAGAUCGGCCUCCUGCACCACUAUGGUAUUAUUACACGCGCGUUCCAGGCUGGCCUGGAUAUGGUUAUUACUGUGCAGUUCUUGCAGUUUGUGGAUGAUUUCGCUGAGCUCAUUACCAAGGAUCAUGAGGAGCUUCGUGAGGCUUAUACGCCUUAUCAGGAUGAACUGCGGGAAGUGCUUGCGGCUGGCUCGCGGGACUCUUGGUUCGCUGUUCGUGACGGACUCACUAUUGAGCAAUAUCGUCAGAAGCAGUUGAAGAAGGUUGUUGCUUCGGGUUUGUUCCAUGGGCAGAAGAUGAUCGUACUUCGAGACGAGCCUGAGACUAUUCAAAAAGACAAGGUAUCUCGUCGUGUUAAGGUUGUUUCUGGUCACUCGGAUCGGUGGUCAUGGUCCAAGCUGCGGGUCCGGGUUUUGGUGAGUGCGAUGUUUAUUCUCUGUUUCUGCUCCGCCUUCGAUCGCCCCAGGGUCCUCUGUGUGGGGAUGUUCUGA